GACAUGGCCUACCUGUUAGCAGAGCCGUUGUUUGAGACGUCCGGGCGAGGUCCUUCACCCAAUAAGAAUUUUUAUUAUUUUGCAAUCACCAAGUCAGGUGUGAUAUGGAGAUGGUGGAAGAUAUCUCUGAGGACUGUAGACAGGUACUCCAAGCCUGGGGAGCUGAAGGAGUCUCACCAGGACUUCUUGGAUGACAACUGGCUGCAGAGUGAGGUCAGUAUGGUUUUCGGUCGUCGAAUCUUGCAGUACACCAAGGCUUUGUGCCAAGGCCAUUAUGAUUAUCUGGAGCACCUGUCUGACACCUUACUUCUGCGGAUUAUAAAUUAUCUAGAACUAGAGGAUGUUGGUCAGCUUGGACGAACGUCAUGCAGGUUCAGGCAGCUAUGUGGGUCAGAGGAGUUUUGGGAGCAGGCAGUGCAGCAGCGCUGCAACACAGUGUCAGCCGAGGUAGCAUCUCUGGCGGCCGAGGUGGGCUGGCGCAGCAUCUUCUUCACUAGCAAACUACAGCUGCAGAAGAUGAUCAGCCGCAGGAGGCUGAAGGCCAAAGAGCAACAAGAAGGACGAGUAUCUGGCCCAGAUACAAAGGCAGAGGAAUCUCCUGAUGAAAGCUCAGAGACAUACCAGACAUUUGAUUGUGAGGAGGAAUCUCACUCUUGCAUUAUCCCAGAUCUAAGCCUUGGCACUGAUUCUGGCUUUGACACCAGCUCUUGCUGUGAUGUUGACCCUAAGUCUGAACCAGAGGCUGGCUCUUAUUCCAGUGUGCCUGUACCUAGCCAACUGUUUGAGGACACAGGAAAACACUGUGUUGGGGAAACACCUGUGCUGAACAGUGCACUGAACAACAGCAGAGGAGACUGCAGUGCAGAGCCAGACAACACAAUGAGUUAAUCCUUUUGUCAAAUAUUGCAGAUAUGCCAUUUAAACACAUUCUCAUCUUAAAAGGAGCUGUGUAUUGAUUAUUUUAAAAUAUUUUAUUUGUCAAAUGUAAAUAUUUUUUUACGUUUGAAAUUAUUAUUGAGCUGUAUGUAUUUACAGGAUAUAGUUUGUUUGUCCAUUGUGCCAUCACAUUUUUGACCUAACAGACAUUAACAACCCCAACAAAAAAUACAACAGGACAUUGUAGAUCAUUCUAAUUGUUCAUUGUAAUAUACAAGUUGUUAUAUACAAUAUUGUAAGUUUUUUAGAUUUCGUAUAAAUGUAAU